UGACGCGGUUCCGGGUCUGGGUUUUGGUUCCCCGAGCUGUUAGCAGCGAAACUGAGGCUCGGAGAGGGAGCAGUUGUCCCCUCAGGAAACCUGUUUCCCCUCCUUGGACCCACUGUGAAAGUUCUGGACUUCAGUCAUUGACAGUUUCCCCGAAACUCCUAAUCUGUCCGGCAAGGGGGUGAUAACGGCGACAUUUAGGAGUGAAGUGACGGGGCAGUGACGGUCCUUGUGCCGUGUUACAGGUGAGGACGUGCAGACUCUGAGACGUGAAUGAGAUCGCGCCCCUGCGGCUGCUUUGGCGCCGAGAUUCAAAUCGGGGCUGAGCGAAGCCCUGAAUCCUGCGAGGCCUUGUGGCGCCGAGAUGACCCACUCUUUGGUUUGUCCAGAGACAGUAAGCAGGGUGAGUUCGGUGCUGAAUCGUAACACUAGGCAGUUUGGAAAGAAGCACCUGUUCGACCAGGACGAGGAGACAUGCUGGAACUCAGACCAGGGCCCCUCCCAGUGGGUGAUACUGGAGUUUCCCCAGCGCAUCUGUGUCUCCCAGCUGCAGAUCCAGUUCCAAGGGGGCUUCUCCUGUCACCAGGGCCGCCUGGAAGGUUCCCAGGGGAGUGAGGCCUUUGGAAAGAUUGUGGACUUUUACCCUGCGGACAACAACUCGCUUCAGACCUUCCCUGUGCCAGCUGCUGAGGUGGACCGGCUGAAAGUGACAUUUGAGAACACCACUGAUUUCUUCGGCCGAGUAGUCAUCUACCACCUGCGAGUACUAGGAGAAAAAAAGGUGUGAGGCCUGUGGCUGCUUCCUCCAGGAAGCCCUCCGGGAAGCACAGCAAAGCUCUUCAAGUUCUGCACAGAAGGUUUAUUGUUUCCUCUCAGAAAGGGUCCUCUCCCACCGUCUGUCCAGGAGCUGCCUCUGAAGCCAGGUCUGGGUUCCCCCAGCUCUGGGCUGACCAUUUUGUUCCCUGAGUGUCUGAGUACCCGGCAGACGGUGUUCACUCGGGGUCGGCGGGCACCAGGUUGUUCUGGAAGAGUUUGAGGAUGUGGUUCUCGAUCACCUGUUGCACUGGAAACAGGAUAGGGAAAAGGUGGGCCAUGAAUUGACUGCAGCUGCAGAGGCACAGGCCAACCUGUAACCUCUGCUCAGUGUGUGAAUGUGGGCCUCUCAGCUCUAAAACCUGGACAGAGGACCCAUUUCAUACACAGGGAAAUUCAGACUCUUGCCAGAACACAGCUAGGAAGACAGAGGCCCCCAUUCUAAGAACCUCAAUUUCCCUGAAGUUGUAAAAAUGCAUUUUUGAGGUUUUUCAGUUAUAAAAAAUACUCCUUACCAAACAAAA